AUGGACAUCGACGAUAUCCUGCGCGAGGUCGACCCGAUCUCGCACUCCAUCCCCUCCGAGACGCGCGACCUACAGGCCUUGACGCGCGCCUGGGUGGCGGAGCGCUCCGCCCCAGAGCUUCUAGAAUGGCCCGCCGACGACCUUUUUGAGCGCGUCAACGACCGCAUCAAGCGCCAGAUCGAAAAAGUCGAGGACAUGACGGGCGACAUGGACCCCAAGACCAACUUCGCCCUCAUUGUCAUUCAGACUGAGCUCGAGCGCUUCAAGUUCCUCGUCCGGAGCUACCUCCGCGCCCGCAUCGCAAAGAUCGACAAGCAUGCCCUCCACUAUCUUUCUUCGCCCGCCCUCCGCGCCCGCCUCUCCUCGACAGAGCUCGCCUACGCCACCCGACACCAGGCCCUCCUGCACAACCACUACCUCUCCUCCUUCCUCUCCUCCUUCCCGACCCAGCUCCAGAACCUCAACGACACGGCCGGCAACAUCAGCAUGAUUGACGGCCCGGACCUCGACACCGCCGUCUUCGUCCGCCUGCUGCGCGACGUCGACGUCCAGGGCAGGGGCACCGACUCGGACGGCGUCGUGGUGGGGAGGGAGGGGGACAUCCUGAUCCUGCGGUGGUCCAGCGCCAAACCGGUCGUCGACGCGGGCGACGCCGAGCUUGUUUGA